CAACAUCUAACUCUAGGUAGAAGUGUAAAACUGAACUCUCCAACAUCAUUUGACAUUCCAGUGAAAGAUGAACAGUCCUUCAUCUUAACAACAGACGCCGAUGUCAAGUUUACUCAUGAAUCUGUAGAGGCACUCAUAGACCAGAUCAUUGAGGACCCUCGAAUUGGUGCAGUGUGUGCUCGUACCCACCCCUUGGGAAAUGGACCUGUAGUCUGGUACCAGAUCUUUGACUAUGCCAUUGGACAUUGGUUUCAGAAGGUUGCAAAUCAUAUGCUUGGUUCAGUGCUGUGUAGUCCCGGAUGUUUCAGUCUGUACAGGUGCAAGGCCGUCAGAGAGGUGUUACCAACUUAUGCCACCGGUGUGGACCACGCUUUCGAAUUCCUGACCAAAGAUAUGGGGGAAGAUCGCUGGAUGUGUACACUCAUGGUUGAACGAGGCUGGCGACUGACGUACUGCGCAGCCGCAGAAGACAGUACUUACUGCCCUGAAAGCUUUGACGAGCUUUACAAGCAGAGGCGUCGCUGGACGCCAUCGACUCUUGCCAACCUUGUUCUGCUAGUCAGUGAAUGGAAGAGGAUUUUGAAGAACAACGAUCACAUUUCUUUUCUUUUUAUCCUUUACCAAACAUUUCUUGUCUGUUCCACUGUUAUUGGACCAUCCACAGUCAUUUUGGUUAUAGUGGGCGGAAUGAUGUUCUCGGGCCUUGCAGUCAAUGAAAUAACUACUGUUGUCCUUAUCAGCCUGGUAAUCGUUGUAUACACCGUAAUAUGCCUCUUCACGUCACCAGAUUUCCAGCUCAGGGUGUCCAAACUGCUGACGUUCGUUUUUGCUGUAAUCAUGUGCAUUGUUUUCAUUGGUGUAGCAGUUCAAAUUUCAAACGAGAUAAAAUCGACAGGCAUGACAACGCUAGAACCAAACUCAACCGAGUCAGCCUCACCUCAGUCGUUGGAGCAGCACCUACCGGCUGGAGUCAGCACUCUGUACUUGGCCGGGUUAUCUGGCAUCUUUAUUGCCGCUGCCCUGCUGCAUCCCAAUGAGUUCACGUGUUUGUUUCAUGGAAUGUGGUAUCUGCUGUGCCUACCCUCUGGGUAUCUGUUACUGACAAUAUAUUCUCUUUGCAAUCUAACGGACAGAUCAUGGGGUAGGUAUGCCCUUUAUGCCCUAGUUGUUCGAAAGGUAGAUAACGCUAUCCACCGCAUAAAUCGCUACUUAGUGUCAACAAAACAAAUAGUUCCCAAUGGAGAUCUGCAACUAAUUUGCAUCCAUACCAGGGGACAUCGCCAGAGGCUCUUACGGGAUAUCAGGAAAAUCCCGCGAUUGGACAUUGAAGAAGAUAUCCCUCAAAACGUUCAGGAAUGGUUGGAAGAGCAUGGUCUGGGCGAUUAUUGGCCCAAGUUUGAAUCUAGUGGAUAUACAGAACCCAGCGACUUGGAAGAUUUGAAAAAGAUAAACAAAGACAACCUGAAAGAGACGUUUAACAUUCAUAAACCUGGCCACUUCAACAGGCUUUUAUCUGCCAUUCGUAAACUGCAAUACCCCAAUCAAGGUCAAAUCAAACUUCGUCAUACGCGGCGUGAGCUGGAUCGUCUUCCAUUGCUCUACCUGGAUGUGGACAACCAGGACGACGGCAUUGAGUAUGAAUUCUGGGAAGGUUUACGCCAAACAUGUUUAGUCCCUGAAUUAAGUGCCUUUGACCAGACUUCCGAGCUGAAAGAAAAACUCGUGGAACUGCGAAACACAGCCCUUUUGAUAUUUGGUGUCAGCAAUGCCUUAUGGACGGGUUAUUCCACGAAUAUCCCACUUGUGACUUGCUGUUGGAAUAGGGGAAGAUAUCACCCGGUUAAACCCAUUCAGACCAGUCUUUUCAAUAUUUUUCUGAGCUGUCCUAUAAACGAACCGUUAGAAAUGAGUACAAUUAAUAGAAAAGACCUCACCCUAAUCGUACCUGCAUGUUGUUUUACUUUUUUCCUGUUAGAUGAAAAUGGUCGUCCUAUGACAGCACUAAAAAACGACGUUUCUUUUUCCGAUCUGAAUUUGGCAGUGGAAGAGUGGUUAACAAGAGACUUUAAGCGUUACGCUUCCAAUUUUCGUGAGCACGGAUAUGAUACAGCAGGAUUUCUACCCGGAAUGACAGAUAAGGAUCUGCAACUAAUUGGCAUCCAUACCAGAGGACAUCGCCAGAGGCUUCUACGAGAUAUUAGGAAAAUUCCGCGACUGGACAUCGAAGAGGAUAUCCCUCUAGACGUUCAGGAAUGGUUGGAAGAGCAUGGUCUGGGCGAUUAUUGGCCCAAGUUUGAAUCUAGUGGAUAUACAGAACCCAACGACUUGGAAGAUUUGAAAAAGAUAAACAAAGACAACCUGAAAGAGACGUUUAACAUCCACAAACCUGGCCACUUCAACAGGCUUUUAUUUGCCAUUCGUAAACUGCAAUACCCCAAUCAAGGUCAAAUCAAACUUCGUCAGACGCGGCGUGAGCUGGAUCGUCUUCCAUUGCUCUACCUGGAUGUGGACAACCAGGACGACGGCAUUGAGUAUGAAUUCUGGGAAGGUUUACGCCAAACAUGUUUAGUCCCUGAAUUAAGUGCCUUCGACCAGACUUCCAAGCUGAAAGAAAAACUCGUGGAACUGCGAAACACAGCCCUUUUGAUAUUUGGUGUCAGCAAUGCCUUAUGGAUGGUAAUAGUACUGACUUUGGUGCAGCAAAAAGACCUGAAGGUCUUUGGAGUAGACGUCAUUGGGCUUGCUUUUCUACUUAUUUACGGGUUUUUAAUUAUUCUUCAGUUUCUGGCACUUUUGGGCCAUCGUUUCAAAACUAUCGUUCAUAUUUUGGCGCGUACACCCUGGACACUAAGCAAGAGAGUUGGAAACAAUCGUGUUUCUUCCGUUGAAUCUGAGAACAGUCAACCAACGCGCUAAUGACAACGCGCAAACAAAAAUAAAUAUCAACCGGCCGAAGGCGAGAACUAUUGACAUUUAAAUUAAUUAACACUCUAUUAUCUGAGAGUUUGAAAUAUCAUGAGUUUGAAUAUCAUGAAUAAAAUGACUUUUUCCAUUCAGGCCAGAGAGACUAGAAAAGCUGAUGCAGAAGUCAACCAGAUCCGUUAGCAAGACCUGUAAUUUAGUCAAGGUUGUAUUUUUGCGUUCGUUGUCCUUGUUGUACCUGUUAUAUGUGCGGGGAAGGCAUGGAGUAACAUAGUUAUCCAUUUUUCUCCUGGGUUGUUCCACGAAUAUCCCACUUGUGACUUGUUGCUCAAAUAGAGGAAAAUAUUACCCGGUUAAUCCAAUUCAGACCAGGUGGAGAGAGACUGAAAUGAUUGCUUCAGGGACAAAUUAUCAGUUUAUCUACGAUUUGAUGGAAAAAAUGUUACCCUUCGCUAGGAAGUUACAAUUAUGUUGUAACAGAUCAAUCAGACAAGUCUUUAAGUGAGGCUUUCACACAGUAAUGAUUAUAACGUUUGACAUGCACGUUGUGUGGAAAGGCUGCCGAAAAUCAUCUCUAUUCUUGAUUAGGGGGGCAGAAUAUUGAAAAGUUUAUCAAAAGAUUUGUAAACACUUUUGCAUAAAGUCACAUUCACAGGAAUGCCAUCUAAUGAUAUUCAAAACUAAACUCUUGUAACAGCUUUGACAGUUAACCAAUCCUCACUCUUAAUAAUGAUGUUGGAUAAAUCGAAACGUCGAUUAACUUUCGUUUUAAUCAUAUUCUAUGAUUUAGUAUCUUUACUCAGUCUUUGAAAUGUUCCAAUGUGGAUGCAUAGAAACAAAUAUAUAAAUGACUCUUAGCUUGCUUUUCAUUGUACUGACUAGCUAUCGAAGACGACGAAAAGAAAAACUAAAAAAACACAUACUGGACUUGUUGCUCCAAUCACUCGACAGCUUUACUUGGAGGCUAUUUUGCGAGUGUGCGAGCCCGAGCCUCGAGCCGCGAACCGCUGGUCUCUUUUACGAGCCCCGAAAGAUUCCCGCCAAAAAAUCGAAAAAAAAAAAAAAAAAAAAAAACAAAAAAAACAAAAAACGGGCAUAAUGCCGUAAUAUGGUAUUUAUUACAUGCGGGGUGCUUCCACUGACGCCAAACCGACUUGUCAGGGACCAGUGGGAAUACCUGAGGAAAAUGGAACGAAAUUUUCCGAUUAAACCCGGCCAGCUGAGAGGAAUGGUUCUUACCAUUUUUUAUUCCUUUUCCGAAUUCUCUACAUAAGUGAAGAGAAGUAGGGCAACGAACCGGUUUGUCAAAAAUGGAACGGCAAAAUUCGGCCUGACCGGUCCGAUCGAAAUAAGUGGACCACCUCCAAAGGUGAUCCCGAAUAUGCCGGUCGGAAGAAACCGAAGCGGUCCUUUCCAUUUGACGUCCGGCCGAAAUUUCUGGAAUCUUUGGCAUAAUGUGAAGCACCCGUGGUCUUCAUGUGUUGGUGCACUGUAGCGUGGCAAGUGAGGUGAUGGAGAGUUUUCCUUUUUGAAAAAAUUGUUUCUACCAAUUACGCAGAUAUUUCAGGACGGACAUUUUUCCCAUCUCGCUUUUGAAUCACCCUGCAGAUUUUGGUAGCUGCAAGCGAGGUAAACUUUUGCUAAUCUUUAAUUACUUUGUACCUUGUGAUUUUGUUCAGCACAGUAAAUUGUACUGACUUUCAGUGGGAGAAGUUUCGCGUUAUAGCGAAAUGAAGGGCCAAUGAA